UAUUAACCCUUCCCCAUUCAAGUUAUCUGCUCAUAUAUUUGCAUUGCUGAGGUAACAUAAUCUGUCCUUCUUGAUACCAUUCAAUAUUCAUAUUUUCUAGGAAAUUCGUGAGUACCAAUGCGAGUACCAGACACAUGAGUUGUUACUGAAUAAAGCAUAGAUUUCAGAACUUUUAUUAUGUCGGACAGUUGCAUUGGAUUGAUUUACAAUACAGCAAAUCCGUGAAGCACCAGGUUCCAGUACAUAUUGUUGUUGAACAAGGCAUAGAUUUCAGAAUUUCAUUUUUUUCUCUACCAGACAGUUGCAUUGGGUUAAUUUACAAUACAGCAUUCAACAUUCAAAUUUUCUAGCAAAUUCGUGAAGCACCACUACCAGUACCAGACUUAUGAUUUGUUGCUGAACAAAGGCAUAUAUUUCAUAAUUUUACUUUUACUCUGCUGCACAGUUGCAUUGCGUUGAUUCACGAUACAGAUUCCGUUUACAAGAGUUAAUACCGAAACAGACAAUUUCAAAUGCCCUCAAACAGAAGCCACUAAGCAAGUAAAGGACAACGGGACAAAACAACCUUCCACCUGGCCUCUGUACCAGUACUGGAGUUGCUUGCUACUUUCAAUCAGAAAAGGCAUUAGAGAACUGAGCGCGAGACAUACAAAAGACACCAGCAAAGAGGAUCACUCCAGCCAUAGUCUUUGAUUUCAGAAGGAAAUGGAAAUUAUAAUUGCAAUUGCCUCAAAAAUUGGAGAAUGCUUGGUCACACCAAUAGGAACAGAGUUUGGCUAUUUGAUUCAUUACCGUUCCAACCUUGAAAGUCUUAGGGGUGAGAUAAAAAAGCUUUUUGACAAGAGAGAUGGAGUGCAGCGAUUGGUGGAUGCUGCCAAAAGGAACGGUGAAAUCAUCAAACCUGAUGUUCAGAGUUGGCUAAAGAAUGUGAACGACGACCUGGUCAAAAAAGUGUUGCAGUUUGAGGAGGAAAUUAGCAAGAAAAGGCGAUGUGUGUAUCGAUGGAGCUUGAGUCGGAGAGCCUAUAAGAUUACAAAACAUGUUCAUCAGCUCCAAAACGAAGGAAGAUUUGAAAAUGUUGCCCAUCCUGCACCUCCACCAGAGAUAUGGUCAACAUUCAAGAAAGGUUUUCAGGAUUUUAAGUCCAGAAUGGCAAACAUGAAUGAGGUGAUGGAGGGUUUGAAGAGGGAAGAAGUACGAAUGAUCGGGAUUUGUGGAAUGGGGGGUGUGGGUAAAACCACAAUGGUGAAAGAAAUCAUCGUAAGAUUGGCAAAACUAGACUUGUUUGAUAAAAGUGUAAUGGCAACUGUGUCUCAAAGUCCAAGUAUUAGGACGAUCCAGUCGGAAAUUGCGGACAAAAUAGGUUUGAAAUUUGAGGAGGAAUCCGAGCCCGGAAGAGCACUAAAGCUACAUGGAAGGCUCAUGGAAAUAAAAAGGAUCCUGAUUGUAUUAGAUGAUGUCUGGACAGAGCCUGAUUUUGAGGCUAUUGGACUCCCUUCUGCAGAUGCUCAUAAAGGGUGCAAAGUUUUGUUGACAUCACGAGAUUGGGAAGUCUGCAACAGGAUGGGAAGUCAACCAAUUAUUGCAGUCCCGACUUUAACAACAGAAGAAUCACAGGAGCUCUUUCGAGAAAUGGUAGGUGAAUCAUUCCAUGAUCCUGAUUUACGUUCCAUUGCAAAAGAUGUCGUGAAGGAAUGUGGAGGUUUACCUAUUGCAAUUGUAACUGUUGGAAAAGCCCUAGAAAAGAAAAACAAGCGUGAAUGGGAUGAUGCCCUUAAUCAGCUGCGAAAUUCUACCCCAGUGAACAUCCCUGGAGUGAAUGACAAAGUUUAUUCUAGCAUAAAAUGGAGUUAUGAUAGAUUGGAGAGUGAUGAAGCCAGGUCAUGUCUUUUACUUUGUUGUUUAUUUCCAGAAGAUUAUGAUAUUCCAAUUGAGUAUUUGGUUCGAUAUGGGUGGGGUCGAGGAUAUUUUAGCAGCAUCGUUACUUUGGAAGAUGCAAGAAAUAGAGUGCAUUCUUUGGUUGACCAACUAAAAAGAAGGUUUUUGUUACUAGAUGGUGGCAUGAGUGAGACUACAAAAAUGCAUGACAUAGUUCGCGAUGUUGCCAUAUCGAUUGCUUCAAGAGAUCCACAUCGAUUUCUGGUAAGAAGUCAUGCUGAAAAUAAAGAGUGGCCAAAUUUAGCUACAUAUGACACAAUCUCACUGGUUGGCGAUCUGGAGAUUCCAGUUGGUUGCCCAAAACUUGAGCUUCUACAGACGAUGAAUGGACGUUUUUCAAAAGGUAGCAUGGACAUCAUUUGUAAGGCGAUGAAAGAACUGAAGGUUUUAGCUUUGGUGGGAAUGGAAAUGGAAGACCUAGGCUCAUCAAGAUCACCAGGAGUACUGAAGAACCUGCGGACCUUGAUCCUAGAUGGGUCUGACUUUGAUGGCAUGUCUACUGAUGUUAUUGGGGGUUUGGAGAAUUUAGAAAUCCUCAGCUUUCGUGAUUGUGCUUCCAUGCGUGAGUUGCCGAGGGAAAUUGGACGACUUAAACAGUUAAGGUUGUUAGAUACGACAAACUGUUGGAAACUUGAGGUGAUUCCACAUGGUAUCUUCUCCAGCUUAUGUAGACUUGAAGAGUUGUAUAUGAUGGGUAGCUUUGAUAAAUGGGACCUUGGAACAGGAAGAGAAGAUAAGAGGAUGGCAAGCAUUUCUGAGGUGAUGUCUCUGUCUCAUCAUUUGAAGGUUCUAUCCAUAGAAUUACCCCCCAAUUUCAUCCACUUGUUGCCAAAAGACGUAGUCUUGAAAAGCCCAACAAUAAAAUUCGCUAUUGGAAGUACCAAGAUGCUUUCGGAGAUGUUUUCGGAGAUGACAACUUAUGCAUUCAGAAACUCACUAAUUAUUGAUGAAGGUGAUGCAAGGGAGUUGGAGAGUCAAGCAGUUAGGCUCUUGUUGAAAAAAUCUGAAGAUUUGUUUUUGUGCAAAGUUAAGAAUUUCUCUGUCCUUACUGAUUUAGACCAAGAGGGAUUUCAAGAUUUGAAAUAUUUGACUCUUGAGCAUUGUCCAAAUACUGAGUAUCUUGCAAAUGGAACAAGUGUGACCCAGCAGACACCAUUUCCUCACAUACAAUCAGCUAGUCAACUUCCGAAUAGCUUUUUGACCAACCUAAGAUUCCUUCGAUUGUUCAAUUGUGAUGUCUUAAAAUAUGCCUUUUCACUAUCAGCAGCGAGAAACUUGGUACAACUCGAGGAAUUAGAUAUUGGUGACUGUGAUCAAAUGGAAGAAAUUGUGUCGAAGCAGGGGAGGGAACAUGAGAAGGAAGCUGAUAUAAUAUAUUUCAAUAAAGUAACCAAAUUGAGUCUCUCGUAUCUACAGAGUUUGGUUGGUUUCUUCCAAGCCAACAAGCUAUACUCCAACCAAGAGGAAACAACGGCAAGGGUUGAGCAUCAAUCUGUAGGAAUAUUUGAAAAAGCAAUAUUUCCAUCAAAGUGCAUUUCAUGGUUUCCAAGUUUAGAAGAGGUAGAAUUGCAAGCUAUUGAGUUUGAAGGCGUGCUAUUUGAUCUGAAAAUCCAUAUAGUUAUGGAUGGGCAGACAGCUCCAACAUGUCCCCAGUUACGUAAGUUGAAGAUAUACGGAUGUUCGUUUACACACUUGUGGAAAAACAUUCCGUCUGGAUUCCAGGGCUUCCAAAAUUUGAGAUAUUUGUAUGUGAGUGAAUGUUCUGGUCUAGAAUAUGUGUUCUCGCAUUUAAUUGCCUCGGAACUUUUGAAUCUUGAAGAGGUAAAGAUAGGUGGAUGUCGGGACAUGGAAACUAUAGUCAGAAUCACAGAGGAAAAUGAAGAAGAGGCGACAAAAGACAUGAUUUUGUAUCCGAGGAAACUGAACAGAUUUGAACUAGUAGACCUGCCUCGUCUCACGAGUCUUUGUCCAGCGGGAUCUACAUUUCAAUGGUCAUCCACAAAAAAUAUGCACGUGCACGGAUGUGAAAAAUUGAAGACAUUGGGUGCUGUAAUUCCACAAAGAAAGAAGUUGGAGAAUAAGUCCGAGAAGGAUUCAACAAGUCAUGAUUUCAGCACUCCUCCAACACGUUCAUCAAAUUGGUGCCCUGCUGGAUGUGGAUGCGCACCGUAUUCAAGAGCAAACGCCCAACGCCCCAUUGAAAUAUUGCCACGUCCAAUUAAUCAGGAGGUUACACCAACUAAUCUUGAGGACUCAAAUGAUGAUGAUAAUCUUGAAAAUCUUUCUGUAAUUGACUGUAAUUCAAUGGAAGUGAUUUUCCAACUCAAGGGACCGGAGCAUGUAGAAAGUAGUCACUCCGUUGAAGCAUUCAAAAAAUUGAGGUACUUGGGGUUAGUUAGGUUGCCAAGUUUAAUGUGUGUUUGGGAGACAGGUAGUUCACAACCAAUGUUCACAGGAAGCAGUUUCGGAAACUUGAAAUUGCUGCGGGUCUAUAGUUGCAACCAGUUGAAAUACUUGUUUUCUUCGUCCAUAGUCAAACUUCUUGCGAGUGUAGAGGACAUAAAAGUUGGGAAGUGUGAGCAGAUGGAAGAAAUCGUUGCGGCAGAAGAAGAAGCAGGGGAAAUAAUUACAUUACCUAAAGUGAAGUCCAUCGAGCUUGGAAAUCUGCCAAAACUCAAGUAUUUUUGUGGUGAAGCUUAUACUUUGAAGUUGCCGUCUUUGGAGUUAUUGAAGGUUAUUAAUGUCCAAAGCUUAAGGCUAUUUGCUCCUAAGCAUGUUGACACACAUCCUCGAUUGCAAGUACGCACCGCGUUGGGAGUGGCUAAAUGGAUGGGGGACCUCAAUGCCACUCUAAGGUAUGCUUUAAUUUAAGGUUUCUAAUUUUCAGUCACUUAUGUGUGCGUAUUUAAAUACACUAUUUUUUAACUCGAUUAUAUCUCAAGAAAACAGCUGUCUUUUAAUUCUUGACGUAUGAGUGGGAUUCCUAAUGUUUUUAUGAAGGACUGAAAGAUAGCAUAUUAUGCUUAAUCUUAAAUUUCUAGUUAUUCAACCAAUAAGUAGGUUCUGGUUUCGAGCUAAAACAUAAUGGCAAACACCACAAAAAUUUCGACUACAAAUUUAUGCAAAGCAUAAUCAACAGUUCAGAUUUAGUAUGACAAAAUUUUGUCAAACUAUACACACACACACAUAUAUGUAUACAUGUAAUGUGCGUAUGUGCACACUAAAGUAUAUUUAGAUAUGUUUUUCUUCUUUUGAAAACUCAAUUAUAUCUCAAGAAAACAUUUGUCUUUUAUUCCUAACACAGGACGGGUGAAGACGAUGAAAUCGACAGGGAGGACAAACACAAUUAAUUGAUCAAGCACAAAGGUUAACAUGUCUCCAUCUUCAACUUCUUCUAGGUUUAGUAAAAACUGAUGAAAAUUAUCUAUAUGGUACUCAAAAAAUCAUUCUACCACGUUUUAUAGAAUAUAUAUAUAUACAAGUUUAGUACUUAAAAAAUGAAUUUAGUCCUUAAGAUGCUAUUUUCGGAAACACAUAUACAAUAAGCAUAACCAUUUCAACUUAUUUGAAUUUCAGUGAUUUCUAAUAUUCUCCGAUGCAUGCAGGACAACAAUUCAAAGAAGGUUGUGGCUUCAACAAUUCUUUUACUAUCUCAUAUGUACAAACCAAUAAAAUGUCAUUUGUUGCACCGGACUUUCUUUCCAAAAAUACUACUUAUGUUGCUUAUUUUAUGCAUGUAUAAUAAAUUAUAUGAACGGGUACAAACUUAUUUUUAUUCUGUACUUUGACAAGUUUUAGAUUGAAAGUUAAUUAAGAGAUUAACUGAAGGUGUGAGAAUAAAAACCAUAACGGAAAUCAUAUUUAUCUAUGCAUGCUUAAUAUUUGACAAA